AUGAUGACAAUGCAAGUGAAAGCGCCUAGUAGAUCCCCACGGGUCUACCGAGGUUCGGUCGCCGUCAAGGGGGCCCUAUUCGACCAGGCUGAGACAAGAACGAAGAAAGUUAUGGAAGCCACUGAGGAACCCCUACAGAUCGUUGCUCGGGAGAGUACCGAAGUCAAGGUUGCCUCCUGUGACACUAGGCGGCGGAGCAAGUCUUUUAACCGAGGGCUCACACUAGCUGAUACAGCUAGUCCUUUCUCCAAGAACAGAGCUGUCCUUCUGGCGGCCUUGGCAAAGGAGGAAGGUGUAGAUAGCUUGGCUCCAGGUCAUCUUGUGAGCUAUGCCGAUGCUAUUCAGAGCGUUGAAGGCAAGUGCUACAGUAUGGUCCUUUGUGCCGGCAACAACCACACUAUGAUUGAACGAAUGCUGAGUCAAACCCGUCCUUGGUGGAGAGUAGUGGUGACGAGCCAAAACAGCUACUCUGAAUUCUGCAGCAGUAUCUUCAACUUGAAGUGGAAACAGAGUCUUCCUAACGCGACAGACACUCUAAGACGGAUGGCCAAUGCAGUAGAUCUGGGUGGGGCUACUGUGUGCCAGCCGCAGUUGGUGAACUACUUUGGUGGUUGCCACGAGCUUUGCACCAAGGCGAAUCUCCUGCGGAAUCUGGCUAAGUACUGUGGAGAGGUUAAGAUCAACUUAUGGGAGAUCAUGCCAGUAUCGAUCAUAAUUCGCCUCAAACGGUGUGAUGCCGAUGCGGACCAGGAUAGCACACCUUGUGGCCUCGAGGACUACGUCCUUGCCACUGAAGUCAUUACUAGGGUUGCAUCUCUUGGUGCGACGGAGAGGACUACAAUAGAUCUGAAAGGCGACUUCCCAUCUAGUAACGAUCAGAUUUGUGUACGGGUCCCAAGUAGCCUGUGUACUGGCAACAAUCGCUUCCUCCUGCUUGAUGGUGAGAACCACCAUCCUUACAGCGUGUCACGCUUGAUUACUAGUCGGGUUGCGACGAGCCCUUCCAGUAUGCUGGCCGGUCUAACAGUGAAGUACUCAAUGCCGUCAUCCUUCAUACCGGAGUCCUCCAAUAUGGCGCCUCAGUGGAUGCUCAAGCCCGCAGCUUUGAGUAGAGGGAGAGGGAUUAAGGUCAUAAGGACGGAAGCGGAGCUCCGUCGGUUCGUCCUCAAGAAGGACAGCCCUCACUCGAAGGCUCUUCGCCGAGUUAUUUCUUCGGGGUUGCCAGAGCUUCAGAGGAGUAGCAUUCGACGAGGACGCAGUUUGAGUGUCGGACCAUUGGUGGGCAAGAGCAAGACCAGACGAAGCCUGAGUACGAAGGUCUCAGAGGCAUGCCAGCCGUGCGUUGCGGAGAAGAGAGAGGAGGAGAAGGUCGAGAGACUACGCUCCAACAGCAUGGCCUCUACGGCAGCUAGUUCCAGUCCAUCAAACUCCAAAGAGCAGGAGUGUCUUUCCACGGUCCAAGAGGGAGAUGCUGAACUGUCCGAGGCGUCGCCAAUGAUUACCGUAGCGAGAGAGAGCUCAAUUCCAGUGGUAUCAAAAGUGAGGAAGACCGAGGGGAAAAAGGGAUCAAACGGUAACUGGGUUCUACAGAAAUACAUCGACCGUCCUAUGCUCAUCAAUCAGCGCAAGUUCGAUAUACGAAUGUGGCUUGUCUUGACCCCGAGUCUGCAUGCCUAUUGCUAUAGAGAGGGUUACAUACGGACCGCCUCGGUCUCGUACGAUCCUUCUCGCGAGAACAGUGUAGUCGAUGAAAUGAUGCAUCUCUGCAACAAUGCUAUACAAAAGCGCGGAGACAAAUACGGCCUAUACGAAAACGGCAAUCAGAUGUCUUUUGAUGCCCUACAAGCCUAUGCUGACGAGAAUGCUGGCCGUCCCAACUGCCCAUCUAAGCUCGACGUUCAUGGCAAGAUGCGGGCGGCGAUGUACAGAGCCAUGGCGAUAUCAUUACAUGCUACAUUAAGGCAAUUUCGCUCGCCCAAUAGCAACUCAUUCCAAAUCUUUGGAUACGACUUUAUGAUUGAUCAGGAUGGAGGCGUUUGGCUGAUCGAGAUUGUUGAGAACAGCCCACAGCGGGCUGAGAGGCAGCUGUGGGCAGGUUGCAGAGGUGGAUUUUGGGACGAGCGUGACCAGGCUGACCCGGUCAGCCUGGGAGUGAGACGGACGGAAUUUGCAAAGGAGACGAGUGGCAAAUGCGAAACCAAAUGUAACUCUCUCAGCGGUUCGGUUGAGUCCGAGCCACAAGAAAUGAGCAGCUAUAAGCUGCUUAACAACUAG